UGGAUUUAAUGCUGAUGGUUCCCUCUGCCCAGACUAUGUGAGUGGUGGAGAGCUGUUCACCCACUUGUACCAGCGAGACCACUUCAGUGAAGCAGACGUACGGAUCUACAUUGGUGAAAUUGUUCUUGCCCUGGAACAUUUACACAAGUUAGGGAUCGUGUACAGAGAUGUCAAGCUGGAGAACAUCCUAUUGGACAGCGAGGGACAUGUGGUCCUUACUGACUUCGGGCUGAGCAAAGAGUUCCUCACAGACGAGGUGAGCUGUGCAGAAGGAUCCUGGGAGUUCAGCAGGUCAGCCAACUGA